UCUAGGCACGGAUUGAGCCACAUCUUUCACAUACUUGUCAGCUGUACCUGACGCCACGCGUCCUCAUUCUCCAUACACAUUCAACGAAGAACUUUCUUCUCAGAGUGUCUUAAACUGCAUCGAAUCUUUCGCGGAUUAGCAGCGGAAAAGCGAGGCUUCUGUACGCAAACGCACAAUUACAAAGGAGACGAUCGACGAUGACGUCACGCUUGAUCCAUUCUUCUGCCGCUAAACUUUACCUCUCCAGAUUCUCGUAUAUUUCUGCAUCCAAAAAUUCUCGCUUUUUUUCAAGUGAGUCUAACAAAACAGAUGAACCUUUUAAAGUUGAGGAAGCCGAAACAGUAAAUUUGCCUCCUACAGACAAGAUACUGGUGCUAGGUGGAAAUGGAUUUGUUGGCUCACAUAUUUGCAAAGAAGCUUUGAAUCGUGGCCUGGAAGUUGCCAGUAUUAGCAGAACAGGCAGGUCAUCCAUAUCAGAGCCUUGGGCAAACAAUGUAUCUUGGCACCAAGGAAACCUUCUCUCUAAUGAUUCCUGGAAGGAAGCACUUAAAGGAGUAGCUUCUGUUAUAUCUUGUGUAGGCGGCUUUGGCUCUAACUCAUACAUGUAUAAGAUCAAUGGAACAGCCAACAUAAAUGCUAUAAGAGCUGCUGCUGAAGAAGGAGUAAAAAGAUUUGUUUACAUUUCGGCUGCUGAUUUUGGCUUUGUCAAUUACCUACUACAAGGUUAUUAUGAUGGAAAGAGAGCUGCUGAAACAGAACUAUUGACCCGAUAUACCUAUGGAGGUGUGAUUCUGAGACCUGGAUUCAUCCAUGGAACCCGUCGUGUUGGGAGCAUGAAAUUGCCUCUAGGUCUUGUUGGUUCUCCUCUUGAGAUGAUUCUCCAACAUGCGAAACCAUUGGGCCAGCUUCCUGUUGUUGGGCCCUUGCUCACCCCUCCCGUUAGUGUUACUUCAGUGGCAAAAGUAGCUGUCAGAGCGGCUACUGAUCCGGUUUUCCCUCCUGGAAUCGUCGAUGUCCAUGGGAUAUUACGCUACAGUCAACAGAAGUCUGUAUAGAUGAGCUUUUUGCCAAGUAGUUCCCGCGCCAACAGCCAUUCUCUUUCUUUUUUUCCCUCUUUUGCCUUUUCAUUUUCAGUGUAGCAUUUGUAAAUUCAAUAAGAAGUUGGAUUUCUAUGGAAAAGGUCAUUCACACACAAAUAAAUACAUCUAACUUGGCAAUAAGUGGUCUCAUUCUUUUGUUUAGGAAAAACAUGUAAAGGUGGUGAGGCAGUGAGAUGGGAGUGCAGUGCAUAUCGCAGCACUCUAAAACCAGGUAGAUGUAUUUGGACACAUUUCUAAACGGUGGAAAAAUGUAUGUUACUAUCACCAUAAAAUCUUGUUUGA